CACUAUCGUAAGAAAUGGCUUAAUUUUUCAAUAUUUUUCGGUUCAUCAUCUUUAGUUAUUUUGUUAUUUUUAUUGUAUACAAGUUUGUAUUCAAAAAAACUCGUUUUCAGUUUGUUACAACUAUUGUAGAAGGCAUUCAGGUAACAAAAUAUUGAACAAUUUUAGUCCCGAAGAAUAUAAAUGCAUCUGAAUUUAAUAUAAUUGUCGAAUAUAGGUUAGAUUUUUUAAUUAAGCUUGAAACGUGUCAGAUCAAAACAAUUAACAACUGAUAAAUUGUUUUAUAUUUUUAUUGUGCUAAUUCGACGUCGAAAAGUUUAAAAACAUUUGCAAAAUAUUUUGAAUAUUUGAUGUUCCGCGCAUGCGCUGACAGUGUUUCUUAAUGUUCGGCGGUUAUACUUUCCCCAAAUCCUCCAGAAAUUUUGUGUAACCCGGACUUUUUAUCGGCCUGCGAGAACUUGAUUGCAAAGAGAAUUUUAAAAAUAUGUGGCGUGAAUUUUCGAAAAGAUGAUUGUUCUUAUGCUUUUGUUGUGGGGUGUCGUUUCUGCAUUAGAUAUCCAGCAUAUCGUGUUUGUUAUAAUAAGCCAAAAUAACAAAUACAAUUUAAAUUUAGCACAAAAUUUGGAAUACAGUAUUCGUACACAAUCCGAAAGAAUAUUUAAUGUUAGCCCGGUCAUCCAUAUAUCUAACAAAGAUUUUCCUAAUAUUGACGGGUGGAUAUUCUUUCCACUUUUUACGAAGUUAACAGAUCUACACAAUAAUAACGCUUAUUGGGUAUUUUUUCUACAGGAUUAUACUAAUAUUAGAGUGGAAAACAUUUUAGAAGUAUUUGAAAAAUACGACCACAAUGAAGAAAUCUGGUUUGGAGAUGCACUUUUCGAUGAAACUGCUACAAUUAUACAUCAUUUUGCCUUUUAUGAAAAUCCAACAUUUUUUAAAUAUCCCAACGUAGCAUCGGGAUUUGCUAUUAGCAUGACAUUACUUCAGAAAUUGUCGGGCCGAUGGACAGAUAAUAAAUUAUUAAGUUCCAAUUUCAACAUUGAUAGUGGUUACGAAUUGGCUCGUGUCGUAUGGGACGACGGCAAUGGCCCGAUGUUACAACACGAAAAUUCAUUAUGCAGUGGAAGUAUCGAUGAAAAACCACUAAGUCAAUUGUGCAUCUCGUUUUCGAGCCCUGUUCCUGCCUGUGAUAAUUUGGUGCCACGAAACAGUAUAUAUUUUGCUGUAAAAACUUGUACAAAGUUCCAUAAAGACAGAGUUCCUAUUGUUCAACAGACUUGGGGUAGUCAUAUUCCAAUAAUCAAGUUUUUUAGUGAUAAAGAAGAUAAAUCAAUUCCAACGAUAGAUUUAGGUGUACCUAAUAGUGAAACUGGACACUGUAUGAAAACCAUAGCAAUAUUAAAAUAUGUAUUAGAAGAUACUAAACAUAAUGAUUCCAUAAAAUGGAUUGUAGUUGCUGAUGAUGAUACCGUACUUGGAGUCAACAAUCUUGAACGUCUACUGUCAUGUUACGAUUCAUCCGAGAAACUCUGCAUUGGCGAGAGGUACGGCUACGAACUACGAGAUCCUGGAGGAUAUAAUUAUAUAACAGGUGGAGGAGGCAUGGUAUUCAGCAGACCACUUUUAACAGAACUGGUGAAAAGAUGUUCAUGUCCGUCUUUGAAUACUCCAGAUGAUAUGUAUUUGGGAAUAUGUAUGGCUAGAAUGAAUGUUGCAGUUACACAUUCACCAGCGUUUCAUCAGGCAAGGCCACAAGACUACAGUGCCAGGUUUUUAGAAACAUAUCGACCAGUUUCUUUUCAUAAGCAUUAUAUGAUUGAUCCAGUGAAUGUGUAUAAACAGUGGUUUGAAUCCUCGGAUAUAGCGAAACCAAACGAAUUAAAUGAAACAAAUAUUGAAGUACACAUCGAACUGUAAUUAAAUAAAAAUAUUUAAUAUUGUAUUAUUAAUAAAAUAUUUUAUAUUCUU